UAUGUGUUAAUCCAAGCUAGACAAGGGCAAUAAAACAUCCAUGGAUGCAGCAGAUUUCUCUCAGUACAGGUGGGGAGAGGUUCUAAGCCUCACCUCUGUUGUGGAUCCAGUGUUUUUGAGGUGGGGCCUGGCAUAUUUAUUUUCAACAGUCCCCCCAGGUGAUCGUCAUGCACCAAAAUUGGCAGACCACUGGCCGAGGUCAUGCAGGGCCCCUGUGCAGCUGGACUGAGCUCAGGGGACAGUGGACCCAGUGGGUGCCUCCCAUCCUAAUUCAGUGAAAACCCCAGCACUGAGUGGAUGCAGAGGUGAUGAAGAUACAGCCCCUCUGUUCAAAGAGCUGGCGGAGCAGUGGGGAGCCAGAUUCCCUCUGAGCCGUGGGGUGAUUGCCUGAUGGAGGGUUCCAUGGCUCAGCUAAGAGGCCGUGAUCUCUCUCUCUUAUUAAAACUCAUACCUAUCAGCCCCAGAACUGCCCUUCUAGGGAAGGAUUUCUGGUCUGUAAACUCACAAAGGACAACAUACUGACCAUCUUCAGAACUCAUAGAGGCACAUGAGGUAAAGCCCCUCCCACUUCUCUUGUCAUGUGACUUUUUGCUUUCACAGACAGAAGAGCACAUUCUUGUCUUUUUAAGAUAUAAUAUAUAUACACAGAAAAGUUCAGAAAUCUAAAGAGUACACCUUGAUGGAUUUUUUUUCGCACAUUUAUACCCAUGUAACCAGUACCCAGAUCAAAGAGGGGCACGUUCUUACAGCAAGGAAACCCCCAGAGGGUGGGACACAUACCUAUUCAGCUUUUAACAGAUGGUGAAGAAUGAGCUCUCAGGGUGUGGCUUGCGCUCCUUGGCCAUGGCAGUCAGUUCACAAGUGUCUGGUGAGUACCUGCAAUGUUCUGGAAACUUCCUGGUGUAAAGUUGCCGUGACCUUCAACUGUAAGUAAAAUAUGAGUGGCUUGUGUCUCCAGGAGUCGAGCUUGAAUCCCAUUUUGUGCCAUCUGUUAUUUAUUGUAUAUCUUGUUGAUGAGAUUCAUUGGUUUGGGACUUCUUACUUGGGAUGGUGCUGCCCUCCUUUCCACUUCAGUCUGCCUUCCUUUUUCUUUAAUACAGUAUCUUUGUUAGCUAGGGCCAAAAAAAGCAUACUAUUACAUUGCAGCUUACAAUGGAGACCUCUCGAGAAAGCAGCAACUUCAGUGAGAAAGUGGCAUCCCUGGCCCCCGCACAGCUGCAGGAGCUCGAGUCACGCGUAGCCCGCAGACGCCUGUCCCAGGCUCGCCACCGAGCCACCCUGGCAGGGCUGUUCAGCAGCCUCAGGAAGACUCUUUACUCCCAGUCUGAUCUCACACCCUCAAAGUGGCAGGUUCUGAAUAAGGCGAAGAGUCAUAUUCAGGAACUGGAACAAAACCUGGAUAAUCUGCUGAAGCUGAAAGAUGUAUUCGCUGCUGUGCUCUUGAAGGAUGGCUCAGCCCGCAGUGCCACAUCUUCACCCUGCAGAGCUGCUUCCAAAGCCUUGGAAGCAGGCUGCACUUCGGGGGGCAAUUGCCGGCUGUCUUACUUCUGUUUUCUCACCAGCCUGGUCUUGAACCAAGUUCUGCAGAAAGGUUCUGCCACCUGGUGCCCCACUGAAGCCCCUGAGAAGGACACUGAGGAAGAGGAGGAAGGGGAGGAGGAAGACCAAGAAGAGGAUGAAGACGAGGAGAAGGGGGAAGAGGAGAAAGUGGAGCUCCCCCACUCCCCAGCCACCUCACCGCCGGACCCCCUGGAGUUCGAACGGUAUCUCAGCUUCUACAAGCAGACCAUGGACCUUCUGACUGCGAACGGCAUUGUCUCCUCUCAGGAGGUGACUCUCCCCAUCGUCUCUGCGGCCAUCUCCCACCUGUGGCAGAACCUCUCUGAAACAAGGAAGGCCAGCCUCCUGCAGGUCUGGGCACAGAUACACAGCAGCCUCCCAGGCCUCGCGGGGGCCUGUCAGGAGUCAGCCUGUGCUGAGGGCAGCAUGAAAGACAGUGGAGUCGAGAGCCAGGGGGCCAGCUGCUCCCUCACCUCUACCCCCGAGGAGAUCCUUUUGGAAGACACCUUUGAUGUGGCAAGUUUCCUGGACAAAAGUGAGACUCCAAGCACAUCCAGCUCUAGUUCAGCAUUUGCUGGCUGCAACCCUGAAAAUCCAGAGGAGAAGUUUCAGCUCUACAUGCAGAUCAUCAAUUAUUUUAAAGGCCUCCCGGCUGUUAAUUUUCAGAUCAAACAGGAACCAGACCUUCCCAUUGAUGAUGAGAUGAUAAUGUUGAGGUGCAUGGAGACCUUUGAUGAUGAUGAAGACCUGUGAUGGGGGGACUUGGGCAUAGAAGGGAAUGAAUGAGGGUGGGCUGUUUCCAAGUUUAAGUGCUGGCAGUCAAGGUUACACCUGCCUCAGGCUUCCGGGGCAUUUUGGAGUGGGCUGUCCCAGAAGCCUUUCAAUGGUUUUCACUUUUUGUUUCUGAUUAUUAAAGGUAUUCAAAAGUGGUGUGGCCCUUUGUCUGUCUUUCAGGAUCGUUUGCUAGGAAGGACUGCCCUACUGUAGGCCCCACACCUGCUCCACUGUGCUCAUAUUCAGGGGGUACAGCCAUGGGCCUUUCAGGAGGAGAACAGGCUAGAUCUGUCCCUGGAGUUGGCAUGACACUGGGUACUUUCAGCAUACUCUGGGUUUAGGGCACUCUUCUGGCGGGUUCUAGAAGGUUCUGGAACCCACCUGUUCAUCCUGCACGCCUUGGGAGCCCUGUGCUAUAGGACAUCAGAGUGAGCCAGCUGCACCUGCUUCUGGGAAUAAGGACUCCUGAAUGGAGUCCAGGCCUGAUGCCACCAUGUUCUGAGCACUUUCUGGAGAGGGUCCUCCAGGAAGAGUGGGUAUGUGCUGGGGGGUGCACAGUGGAUGUGGUAGUUAAACCUACGUGUCAACUUGGCCAGGCCGCAGUACCCAGAUAUUCGGUCAAGCACUAUUCUACAUGUUUCUCUGAAGGUAUUUUAGAUGAGACUAACAUUCAAAUCAGUAGACUUUGAGUAAAGCACAUGACCCUCCAUAUUAUGUGAAUGGCCCUUAUCCAAUCAGUUGAAGGAAUGACUAGACCAAAACACUGACCUCCCUGGGAUACAGGAGAAUCUGCCGAGCGCCUUCAGACUGGAACUGCCACUGCAACAGCCUGCCGGCCUAACCUGCACAGUUUGGACUUACCAGCCUCCACAAUCACACAAGCCCAUUCUUUAAAAUAAACCUCUCUCUCUCUGUGUGUCUUUGUGUGUGUGUGACUAUGUGCACAUGGAUGUGUAUAUGCACACAUAAGCAUACACACAUCCUACAUCCUAUUGGCUCUGUUUCUCUGGAGAACCCUGACCCUUCCUGAGUGUGCAGAGAGAAUGGGUUCACUGGCUCGUGAGAGUUUACACGUCGUAGCAACAGCAGCUCCCUUCCCCUGAAGGCCUCCCUCGUGCUCUUUGAUUCAUCGCCCUGGAGAGCCUGACACACAGGUCCUUAGGAUCUGAGCCAGUCCUGCCUGACGCCACAGUCCCAGCUCUGGGGCUUCACUGCCAUCCUGUGACACGUGAGCUGACCCCCAGGACAACCACUGGCCCUUCACUGUCCGCAAAUGAGCAAAUCGAGGGGACAGGCAGGGCCUUCAUGCCCAGGGCCUGAGCUUGUGCUGGGAAGAAAGGAGGAGGGGCCCUCGUGGCAUGGUGCUAGGCCAGCCACCCCCAGAGACUCAGCAAGCCAGGAACAAGCCAGAGUGCAGGCCUUUACAGAGAUGGCUGCACCCCCAAGGAACCAGCGCCCCCUUAUUGCUCCUCACUGCACCGGCUCCUCCUUGCCCAAGGCUGCGGGUUCAUUCCUGGAGCAUCUCUGCAGUGGCCCCCGGUCAGCACGGACCUCAGCAGGAUGCUGUGUCCUUUCUCCCCACAGCCGUGUAGAAGUGUCCCCACCUUCACUGCCUGCCUACUCCCACAGGGCUCACUGGGCAUCUGGGCAGCCCAGGACAGACUGGUGGCAUGAAACUACCUUCGGAUGGAACUCAUGCCCUUCCUCUCCACCGGGGACAGUUCAGCCAUUGUAACAGGAGAGGCAGCCAAAGCUGAGGCUGGCAGGUGGAGAGAGAUGGCUGCUUGUACAUGUCCUCUUCUGGUGGCAACUCCACAGAUUUCUUGGUGAAAUAGGAAGCUGAGAGCCAGGGCGAGGACGUGAUGGAAGUGGUUUCUGAAGGCAGGGGAAGAGAGAGCCGAAGUCCUUAGGGAAGGCGGCAUGGCUUCCAGGCAGCACUAAGGACCCAUGUGGAGUUCAUGGCCAUGAUCAAGAUGAGACCUGUCAGCACAGGUGUGUGUUCUCUCCAGUAACAUCCAGCUGCAUGGGUGCACGUACAGACAGGGGAGGGGAAGAGUUGCUUCUGAUCAGCAUUAAGGUUGUGCCAAGCAAGUGAGAUGACAGUGAGCAGACCAAGGGCGUUAAGCAUGCAAGAAGGUGACUAUUGUGAUAGAUCACGGAACUGAAGCUGGGCAAGGAGGGAAGAGAGGACAAGAGGGAGGAUGGACGGGAGAUUCAGGUCUUGGGCAACUGAACGGUUACUGGACUGGGGACACUAGAGGUAUGGAACUAGAUAAAUAUAAAGCAGUGGUCAGAGAAUCACUUGGAAUUGAAACUGUAGGAGGUGCAUCACAGGUCCUCACAAGGUCCAGGCUGGAAUGUGGCCAGGAAAUGGGCAGCUGAGAUGGCACAAAGCACCAGAUCAUUGCAGGCGUGGAGCUACAGGAUGAGAGGCAGGGUGGGGGAAGGAUGAGCUGUGUGGGUGCACAGUCACCAAGUGGCCAGGAGGAUUGCCAGAGAGACAGUGAGCAGCACACUAACGUCCUCAAGAAUAGUGACAUGGGCUCUGCUGAUGCCAAAAAUAAGGGGCAUAGGUGGGAAGUCUGGCGGUGUGGGGUUCAAAGCAGGAGUAGGGUGGAGAUGUCCCGUAGGAAGUGCAAUUAAAGAUCUUCCCCAUUCUUCAUUAUCCUAAAAUUAAGGUUCAUUUCUAUUUGUUAAUCAGUUUCCACUAGAGUCUUACGAAUGUUACAUUUCACAUGAGCUUAUUUUCUAACCUUAUAGCAAAAAGAAAAAUGUGUACAAAUUAUGUAAAUAUAACUGUCAGCUUUUCAUCGGCUAAAACUGCAAAAUGUCUUCUAGGAACAAACAGACUGGAUAGGUUUUAAAAUCAACACAAGAUGUUUGUAUUAGGAAUGAAAAUCUGUUCAAAGAGCCGAACUGGUU